UGAAACAAUACAUAUUAAGCUGAAGAUAUGCUAAAAAAAGAGAGAUUGUACAAAUGCCAUAUUUAUGAACAAAAACUAAGAAAAACUAAUUUUGAAAGGUGGAGAUAUCAGUUGUACAGGAUUGGAAGUGGGUCCAAAGAAAGGAAGCCACUGAUGUUAGUUGUUGUUAUCGGGAAACCCAAUUUCAUCCUGAGAGGAUUGGACGAGAGAGAGAGAGAGAGAGAAAAAGAGAGAGGGAAUAAAUUAUAAUUAGAUGGAUCAGCAGCAAAGUUAACCAACCAGCAAAGUUAACCAACCAACCUAGGACAAGGACAAAAACACCACCAUUCACUACCUCCCCAAAACAUUAACUUUUCUCUGCUGCCACCAAAACCUCACCCAGAACCAUUUGAGUGACAAACCGCAAAAUACAAUAUACCAUAUGGUGUAUCACAGAACAUAGAGCUUAGAGAGUGCCAAAAAAAAAAAAAAGGGGGAAAAAAAAAAAAGAAAAAGAAAAAAGAUGGCAAUGGCAUUGGCGCUUCGUAGGCUUUCCUCUUCUGUCAACAAGCAGAUCCGCCCUCUCUUCAAUGGAGGCUCUCUUUAUUACAUGUCCUCUUUGCCAAAUGAAGCUGUGUACGAGAAGGAGAAAUCGCGUGUUACGUGGCCUAAGCAAUUGAAUGCUCCACUUGAAGCAGUUGACCCUGAAAUUGCAAAUAUCAUUGAGCUUGAGAAAGCUAGGCAAUGGAAGGGGUUAGAACUCAUACCCUCAGAGAACUUCACUUCCGUCUCUGUGAUGCAAGCGGUUGGGUCUAUCAUGACUAACAAAUACAGUGAAGGAUACCCUGGUGCUAGAUACUAUGGAGGAAACGAGUACAUUGACAUGGCAGAGACCUUAUGCCAAAAGCGUGCUUUGGAGGCGUUUCAGUUGGACCCAGAAAAGUGGGGAGUGAAUGUGCAGCCUCUAUCAGGGUCUCCUGCUAAUUUUCAAGUGUACACUGCAUUGCUAAAACCUCAUGAUAGAAUUAUGGCACUUGAUCUUCCCCAUGGCGGCCAUCUCUCUCAUGGUUAUCAGACUGAUACCAAAAAGAUAUCUGCCGUGUCUAUUUUCUUUGAGACGCUGCCAUAUAGAUUAAAUGAGAGCACUGGCUAUAUUGACUACGACCAGUUGGAGAAAAGUGCUACACUGUUCAGGCCAAAAAUAAUAAUUGCAGGUGCUAGUGCUUAUGCACGUUUGUAUGAUUAUGAUCGUAUUCGCAAGGUUUGCGACAAACAGAAAGCUAUAUUGUUGGCAGAUAUGGCACACAUUAGUGGAUUGGUUGCAGGAGGUGUCAUCCCAUCACCAUUUGACUAUGCAGAUGUGGUGACCACCACAACUCACAAGUCACUUCGUGGACCUCGUGGAGCCAUGAUUUUCUUCAGGAAGGGGGUCAAAGAAAUCAAUAAACAAGGACAAGAAGUGUUGUAUGACUAUGAAGACAAGAUCAACCAGGCUGUCUUCCCCGGACUUCAAGGCGGUCCUCAUAACCACACAAUUACUGGUUUAGCAGUUGCAUUGAAACAGGCAACAACCCCAGAGUACAAAGCCUAUCAAGAGCAAGUUCUCAGUAAUUCAUCAAAGUUUGCACAGUCUCUGAUUGAAAAGGGCUACGAACUUGUUUCUGGUGGAACUGAGAACCAUCUAGUUUUGGUGAAUUUGAAAAACAAGGGUAUUGACGGGUCUAGGGUCGAAAAAGUGUUGGAAGCUGUUCACAUUGCAGCCAACAAAAACACUGUUCCUGGUGAUGUGUCUGCCAUGGUUCCCGGUGGCAUCAGGAUGGGAACCCCAGCCCUUACUUCUAGGGGAUUUGUUGAAGAGGAUUUUGCUAAGGUAGCAGAAUUUUUUGAUGCUGCUGUAAAAUUGGCGGUGAAGGUCAAGGGAGAAACAAAAGGAACAAAGUUGAAGGAUUUCGUGACCACACUGCAGUCUGCCUCUCACAUUCAAUCUGAGAUUUCGAAGCUCCGCCAUGACGUUGAGGAGUAUGCUAAACAGUUUCCUACAAUUGGAUUCGAGAAAGAGACCAUGAAGUACAAGAAGUGAGAGAGUAUUCCUUCUGUUAGGUAUGUUUAUGUGGUAAUUGCAUGUGGAAGCAGGAAUUGAACGCAGACAUCAGAUGAGUUUUCCCUAGUUGGCAAAUGAGGAGGGCCACUGUCAAGGAUGUGUAUCUAGAGGUUUUAUAUGUAUAAAUCCAGCAAACCGUGAUUUGGAUCUUCAUGAUAUAUAUACAUAUAUGUACAUACUAUUUGAGGCAGGCACUCCCUUUUAAUAAACUUAAAUAUCAAAAACAGCUACUAUCAUAUUCACUUCA